AUGUCGGCCAGUCCUGAAGUCAAACCCGACUCUCCGACCGCGGCUCCCAGUCCCGGGCGCGCAGACGAUCACGCCGAGGAUACUAAGGCGCCUACUCCUGACGCCGGUGACGAGGACGAAGACAAGCCCGCCGCGCCAGCUAGCCCCGACGCGGACGAUGCCCUAGUUGAUGACGAUGCGGACGAGAAAGCGGGCGGCGGCUCCGAUGACGAGUCGAUUCUCUCCGAAGUCGACGAGGCGCAGUUCGAAGACUUUGACCCCGAGAAUGUCGAUAUCGAAGACCGUCCUCAGUUAGCGAUCGACGAAGAUAACCUGAAACUGAUCGGUCGGCAUAAGCGCAAGCGUGAUGGGGAAGGCGAUGGCGAGAGAUCUCGGCGGAAGAGGGAAGGUCGGCGAGAGAAGAAGACUCGACGGAUGAAGGAGCUGGAGGAGGGCAGUGAUGGAGAGGGGUCAUCCUCGAGAAGAAGAGAACGGAAGAAGAAGGAGGCGGCGGUGGAAGAUGAAGAACUUUUGGACCCGGCGACCCGUCGUCGACGGGCCCUUGAUCGUGCUAUGGAUGAAGCGCUGAAGAAGCCCACCAAGAGACGGUUCCGCAAGCAAGAUGGCAUCGACCUGGAGCAAAUGGCCGAUGCGGAGAUCGAGGACAUGCGCAAACGCAUGACCCACGCUGCACAGAUGGAUGCGAUGAGCCGACGUGAAGGCAAUCCGGCCAUGCACAAGCUAAAGAUGCUACCAGAGGUGGUGUCGCUUCUGAACCGCAAUCAAUACGUCAACAGUCUGGUCGACCCCGAAAUCAACUUGUUGGAGGCUGUCAAGUUCUUCCUGGAACCGCUCGACGACGGCUCUCUGCCUGCCUACAACAUCCAGCGUGAUUUGAUGAACUCGCUAGCCAAACUUCCCAUCAACAAGGAAGCACUGAUUGCCAGUGGGAUCGGAAAAGUGAUUGUUUUCUACACCAAGAGCAAACGCGCCGAGCCUGGUAUCAAACGCAUGGCGGAGCGUCUUCUUGCGGAAUGGACCCGUCCUAUUCUCCAACGCAGUGACGAUUACUCUAAGCGAGUAUACCAGGAAGCUGCCUUCGACCCCAGGAAACUUACCUCUCGUGCCCCGUCGGCACAGGCCACCGCGGCCGAAGCACGAGCUCGAGAAUUGCUUCCUCCUCGAUUGGCCAACCGUGCCCGCGCCGAUAUCACACAUACCAGUUACACCGUGGUGCCCCGUCCUACGGUGGUGCAGGAAAGCAAAUUCGCUCGUCCGUUGGGAGCCAGCGGAGAGGACCGAUUCCGAAAGAUGCGGGCGCGCCAGAUUGCUGCAUCCAAGGGAUCAGGAUCGCGGCGGUGA